UGGUUUGUGAGCAGGAUGAGUGUACCCCAGCCCGUGUGGGGUGUGGAACUCGGGGCGCUGUCAGGGAGCGCUGUGUGUCCGAGCUUUCAGCCUGACCAUGCCUUCUGUCUUUCCAGGUCAUCGAUACUGAGUGAGGUUUCCACCCGGUCGAGAUCUAAACUGCCCUCUGGCAAAAAUAUCCUCGUUUUUGGUGAUGAUGGCUCAGGUAAAACCACGCUUAUGGCUAAAAUACAGGGAGCGGAAUAUGGCAAAAAAGGAAGAGGACUGGAAUACUUAUAUCUAAAUAUUCACGAUGAAGACAGAGAUGAUCAUACUCGCUGUAAUGUUUGGAUUCUGGAUGGAGACUUAUACAAUAAAGGGCUGCUGAAGUUUGCCGUUUCUGCAGAAUCCCUGCAAGACACCAUUGUGGUCUUUGUUGCGGAUAUGUCUAGACCUUGGACUGUUAUGGAGUCUUUACAGAAAUGGGCCAGUGUCUUGCAAGAACAUAUUGAUAAGCUGAAAAUUCCUCCAGAAGAAAUGAGAGACAUGGAACAGAAGUUUAUAAAGGAGUUUCAAGAGUAUGUAGAACCUGAAGAAGGCUACCAAGGAUCACCCCAGAGAAGGGGCCCUUCUUCAGGCCAAGAGGAUGAAAGUGUUUCUUUGCCACUUGGAGAAAAUGUGCUGACACACAACCUUGGUAUUCCUGUGCUGGUAGUUUGUACAAAAUGUGAUGCAGUGAGCGUACUAGAGAAGGAGCAUGAUUACAGAGAGGAGCACUUUGAUUUCAUUCAGUCACACAUUCGUAGAUUCUGCUUACAGUAUGGAGCUGCCUUGAUUUAUACAUCAGUUAAGGAGGAAAAGAACCUUGAUCUGUUGUAUAAGUACAUUGUACAUAAAACGUAUGGUUUUCAGUUUACCACUCCUGCCUUAGUGGUAGAAAAGGAUGCAGUUUUUAUGUAAGUCAAUUGUACAAAGCGAUCUGGGAGCGUAUUGCUUCUAUUAAAUGCAACACAUACAGACAUAGAUGAAGGACUUGCAUCAAUUAUUUUAUUGUAUU